AUGGGGAGGCAGGGGAGCGGCUUGGACUGGGACAGCGACGCCGACGGCGUACCAGCUGCUGCGCGGAGGCGGGAGCUGUCCGGGCCUUUGAGGGCCCGGCCGGGCCUGUGGGGCCACGGGCCCGUCAUCGCGGGGGUCGUCAUCGUCGGCGGCGUCGUGGUCACCAUCUGCUACGGCACCUUCGAGACCGUGCCCUACACCAACCGCCGCCACUUCGUCGUCCUCACGCACAACGGAGAGCUCAAGCUCGGCGACUGGCACUUCAACAGCGAGAAGAAGAAGCUGGGCGACAAGGUACUCCCUCCGUCCCACCCUGCUUUCGUCCGUGUCAGCGGCAUCGCCCCGGAGAUCAUCCGCGCCGCCGGACGCAGCCUCGCCGUCCACGACGACAAUAAGCUCCUUGACGAUACGCUCCUUGAUGGCGAAAUAUGGGUCGGCGACGCGGCGCCGAGCCCCAAGAAGAAGGCUCGCGCUCGCCAGGGAGCGCCGCAGCAGCCGACGACCAAGCACCUCGACGGGUUCGAGUGGGAGGUGAUCGUCGUCGACAAUAAGCAGGUGAACGCCAUGUGCGCGCCGGGCGGCAAGAUCAUAGUCUACACCGGGCUGCUCGACAAGUUCAGCACCGACGCUGAGAUCGCCACGGUGCUAGGGCACGAGGAUGGAGAUAGAGGCAGAUCACAUUGGGAUCCUGCUGCUCGCUGCCGCUGGUUUCGAUCCACGCAUGCAUAG